GUCAUCGGUUUCCUAUCAAGGUUCUCAGUAGGCUAUCUUUAUAAACUGAAGAGUGCAAAUUCGAUCCGAAGUAAUCAGACCACAAACAUUUAGUAGCAAGGCUGUUGGGAAUCAGAAAGGUUCUCUACUUGGUUCUCCCCGGAGAAUUCUGCUGUAAAUAUGGAACUGCAAGCUGACGGGGAUAAAGAAAGCUUCUCGGACACCGUUCUCUACCAUGUCUUGUCAAAAGAAAAGGAGUUAAAAAGAAGACUGCCCUGGUAUUAUGCACCCUCCCUCCUUCUCCUCUGGGUGGCGCUAUUCUUCGCCGUCGUACUUCCGCUCUUUUAUCGGCUACCCGAACGAAUAACAAUUGCCGACGAGCCACUUAAGCCCGGAGAAUUUGUGGCCGAGAGAGCGCAGAAAGUACUCUACGAAUUCGAUCGUAUCGGACCCAAAGUGGUUGGAAGCAUAGCGAAUGAGGUGACGACUGUUGCAUUUCUCUUAAAUGAGGUGGAAAAGAUUAGGAGAGAAAUGCACAGCGAUCUCUUUGACUUAGAGGUUGACGUUCAGCAACCAUCAGGUUCCUAUGUGGUGGGAACUAUGACCAGCAUAUAUCAGGGCAUCCAGAAUGUAGUUGUAAAGCUUAGCACUGCGAGUUCAAAUAGCUCAUCCUAUCUCCUGAUCAACAGUCACUUUGACUCAAAACCAGGAAGUCCAGGUGCUGGAGAUGAUGGCACAAUGGUCGUAGUUAUGUUGGAAGUUCUACGUCAAAUGUCAAUUUCCGAAACCAAGUUUAUGCAUCCAUUAGUCUUUUUGUUUAAUGGAGCCGAAGAGAAUCCUUUACAAGCCUCCCACGGCUUUAUUACCCAACACAAAUGGGCAGCAAACUGCAAGGCUGUCAUCAAUUUGGAAGUUGGCGGUAGCGGGGGUCGAGACAUCCUCUUUCAAAGUGGUCCAAAUAAUCCCUGGUUAGUGAAGUAUUACAAACAGCACUCGAAGCAUCCUUUUGCCUCUACGUUGGCGGAAGAGAUAUUUCAGUUUGGAAUACUACCGUCCGAUACUGACUUCCGAAUAUUCCGGGACUAUGGAAAUAUUCCCGGUCUGGACAUUGCCCAAUUCAGCAACGGCUAUGUUUACCAUACAGCAUUUGACACCUUCGAUAUUAUUCCUGGAAGUUCAAUUCAGAGCACUGGAGAAAAUAUUCUAUCCCUUGCUCGAGCUUUUUCCAAUGCCAGUGAGUUGUACAACACUGAGGAACACAGUGCAGGACAUGCUGUCUUUUUUGAUUUUCUUGGACUUUUCUUUGUGACAUACACGGAAAAGACUGGCAUUAUCUUGAACUGUUGCUUUGCCGUGAUAAGUCUUAUUCUUAUUGGCUGUUCCCUGUGGAAAAUGGCUUCCGUAUCUGAGGUUUCUCCGGGAAGGAUAUCGAUAUUGUUUGUCAUAGCUUUGGGGCUGCAUCUUCUUGGGUGCCUCCUGUGCAUAACCUUACCUCUAUUAUUGGCUGUUCUGUACGAUGUCAGUGAUCGAACACUGACCUACUACAGUAACAAUUGGUUGGUAAUUGGUCUUUACAUAUGUCCGGCAAUCAUUGGAAUGGUAUUCCCUUCGACAAUAUAUCACUCAUUCAAAACUAAUGUAAGAUUAAACCACUCGUACCACUUCUAUAUCGGCUUACAUGCACAUUGCGUUGUCCUGUCAUUCCUAGCAAUUGUUUUGACUGUAAUUGGUCUUCGAAUUGCCUAUAUGUGUAUGCUAUCUUUGGUUUUCUAUGUCGUCUCUCUGCUGAUUAAUCUUUUAACUACCUUACACGAUCGUGGUUACUACUGGGUAUUAACGGUGCAGAUAAUCCAGCUUUUCCAGUACGUGUACUUCUGCUACCUAUUCUACAUAUUCCUUGUGAUUUUUUUUCCGGCGAUGGGACGAAAUCGCGAUUCUGUUAAUCCUGAUAUGCUGAUUGCCGCGAUAUGCGCUAUAGGAACUUUCUUCGCCCUGGGUUUCGUGGUUCCUCUGAUAAACAUGUUCCGCUGGUCCACCGUAAUAUUGAUUGGCCUAGGCUUGCUGACUUUUAUAUUCAGCAUGAUAUCUGUUUCGGAGGUGGGAUUUCCUUAUCGCCCCAAGACCAGUGUGAUGCGUGUGAACUUUCUACAAACCCGUCGAAUUUUCUACGAAUACGAUGGUAGCCUAAGCGUCGACGAUUCGGGUUACUAUUUCGACUACCAGGAUAGGCGAGCUCUUCGCCCACUUAAGGACUACGCCGUGAAUUUGACCGGACUUACAUCGAUAGAUGCCUAUUGUGAUAAGUACGUGAUGUGUGGAAUUCCUUGCUUUUGGAGUAGCUGGUGUAGGGGGCUUUCUAGCGCUGCUUGGCUCCCUCGCGAGACGGAAGUGGAUAUACCUGGAGCACUGGAAUUAAACCUCCUUAAUAAAACCGUUUCGGAAUCGGGGAAAUACAAAAGAUUCGAAUUUGAUUUAACUGGUCCGCCGCACAUGGACUUGUACAUAAGACCACUGGAUGGAGUAACAGUGGAGGACUGGUCCUUUAUAAGGGAUAUGCUGGACAAGCCGGAAAAAUACUCACCGCCCUAUCAAAUUUACUUCUCCUAUGGCGUGGAUACGACCCCUCUUAAAUUUCACAUUGAUUUCGCAAAAUCCGAUGGAAAUUUCGAUGGACCAAUAUUUGAGCUGGGAGUUGUGGGACACUAUGUAAACAAGGAUUUCCAGAGAGAUGAAACUACGCUUGAGUUCAUAGCGAAUUUACCGGAGUUUGUUUACACUAUGGAAUGGCCAUCUCUAUUUAUGCGAUAUAUCUUCUAAGAUCCAUUUACUCAGACCAAUUAAGUUUUGCAUCCAUUAUAUAUUCAGACAUUCCAAGUGCUGCGAUAGUGCAAUCGAUAAGGAAGUGGCUGUUAAACAAUAUAUAUUAAUCUCUACACCUACAUCAA